AUGGCGCGGCUGUCAGGACUUCAACGAGAGGUCUUAUCCCUUUAUCGCAGAUGCCUGAGAGAAAUCCGCAAGAAGCCCAUUGAGACCCGACAAAAAUUUAAGAUAUAUGCAAGGACCGAGUUUCAGAGGCAUGUGGAAAUGAGCAAAAAGGACUUCAAUGCGAUCGAAUACUUGCUACGCAAAGGGCAUCGGCAACUCGAGACCUACUCUUCACCGGAAAUUCGCAACAUACGCUAA